AUGGACGCGCGAACGCCCACGCCGCCGCCGCGGAGAGCCGCCGCGUCGCUCUCGCGCCGCGAUACGCCGCCCGCGCGCGUCGUCGCGCGCGACGACGGCGUCGCGCCCGCGCCCGCUGCUUUUUUUCUCUCCGCCUCGAGAGCGUCGUCGUCCUCGCCGCCGCGGUUCUUCGCGCCGGCCGCAGCGCCGGCCAUCCCGCCGCCGUCCACGCCGAUCGCGCUCGCGCCCGCGCCCGCCGUCGACGCCGCCGAUCGCGCGACGCCGCCGACGCCGACGCCGACGCCGACGCACUCGUACUUCUCCUCGCUCUUCGCCGCGCUCGCGCCCGCGGACGCGUCGCGCAACCGACUCGUGGAGCUCAAGAAGCGCGCGAAAGCGUCGAGGGCGACGGCGACGAUCGCGAGCGCGCUCGAGACGGGCGGCGCGUUCGCGGAGACCUUCCCGCCGCCGCCGGCGCCGCCGCGCGCGACGAAGCGCGCGACGACGACGACGACGACGACGACGACGACGCCGGACGCGACGCCGCUCGCGUUUCUCUUCCCCGAAGGAGCGCUCUACGCCGUCUCGAGCGGACGUCGACCGAAGAACGGCGUCUCCACUGGACGUAAGAAGCGACCCCGCCGCGAGGAGGAGGAGGAGCGCGUGGAGGACAGCUUCUGUAACGACGACGACGCGACGGACGCGCGCGAAGAAGAAGAGGAAGAAGAGGAACAGGAAGACGGCGGCGACGACGACGGCGACGACAACUCCGAGGCCGGGGCCGCCGCCGCCGCCGCCGCCGCCGCCGCCGAGACGACGCCGAAAAACAGUUCCGGAAGGAAACCGCCGCCGCCACUCGCCCUCCCUCGCGGAGAGUUCAAACUCUCGAAGUGGGCGGUCGACGCGUCGGCGGUCCCAUCGCCGGCGUCCCCGCCCGUCACCGCGCCUUUCACCGUCGCCGGCGGCGUCACCGUGCUCGCGAUCGGCACGAUCGCGCCGUCGCUCAGCGGUCGCGUCAGCGGGCACAGCGCGUACGUCUUGCCGAUCGGGUUCGUGUCUCGGCGGCGGUAUAACUCCACGACGCGUCCGGACGUGAAGACGACGUACGAGAGCCGAGUUUUGGUCGUCGCGGCGGCGGCGGAUGAGAAAGACGGCGAGUCGGCGGCGGCGGUCGCGAGUCGGACACGUGUCCCGUGUCCGACACGUGUCCCGUGUCCGCCGCCGUCCAAGUGCGUCGUGCGCGUCGCGGACGUGAACGACCCGUCUGUUUUCUUCGUCGGGAGCUCCCCGACGCAGGCGUGGGCGCAGGUGAUACGCGCGGUGAACGAAAAGUCGCAAACGCGGAAGCGAACCGCGGUGAGCGGGCCGCAGUUUUUGGGACUCACGGCGCCGGUCGUCGCGAACGAGAUCGCGAAGCUGCCGGGAUACGCCGCGUGCGUGGAGCACAUGCGCGCGGCGCGGUGA